GGAACGCAAAGGCAAAGAGGUCAAGGGGAGGAGAACACCACGUGUGAUCAGCACCAUGUACAGCACUGUCCUUCCCUCCUCUGUAUACUUGUUUCUGCAAGCUUGUACCCUUCGCAUGUAGCCAGCUAGCCUGAGAAGCAGAUUACUUUUUUAAAAUCUAUUUCUUCUCCAGACUCUUAUUAUCAAGUAACGCUGCAGGGGGAUUUCGUUUGCCACACUGACUGCCGAUCAUGGUGAGCAAGACAGAUGACAUCCCGGCGUCAGUGCCCAACUGUAAUCCGGUAGAUAUUGUGGAUGAAGCGGGCGAUGGAGCCCAAGACAUCAACGAAACCAGCAAGCUACGUCUGAAGGAUUCCUGCGGCUGUGAGCACAGUGCAGAUACAGCCAUGGUGAAUGGUGAUGGCGCUCAUGAGCACACAGAGGAGGCCGAUUCAAAGCAGGAUGGGAACAGUGAGACGGAUGGAGGAGAGGAGUCCAACGAACAGGAAGUGAUAGUGAUCCAGGACACGGGCUUCACCGUUAAGAUCCAGGCACCUGGAACAGAGGCCAUUUGAUCUGCAGGUAUCUCCCAGGAAAUGGUACAGGAGAUCCAUCAGGUGUUGAUGGACCGAGAGGACACCUGCCACCGCACCUGCUUUCACUGCAGCUUGGACGGAAACGUGCUGGACAACUUUGCUGAGCUCAAGUCCAUUGAGGGCCUGCAGGAGGGCUCGCUGCUCAAAGGGUGGAAGGUCAGAGAACCGUACACAGUGCGCGAGGCUCGCAUCCAUGUGCGUCACAUCAGAGACCUGCUGAAAAGUCUGGACCCCUCAGACGCCUACAACGGAGUGGACUGCAACUCCCUCUCCUUCCUCAGCAUCUUCACAGAUGGAGACCUGGGAGAUAGUGGUAAGCGGAAGAAAAAGGGCAACGAGCUCGAGCAGAUUGACUGCACCCCUCCAGAGCACAUCCUGCCUGGCAGCAAAGAUCGCCCCCUGGUUCCCCUCCAGCCACAGAACAAGGAAUGGAAACCUAUGCAGUGCCUGAAGGUCCUGACCAUGAGCGGCUGGAACCCUCCACCUGGAAACAGGAAGAUGCACGGCGACCUCAUGUACCUGUGCAUGGUGACUGUGGAGGAGCGUCAUGUCAGCGUCACUGCCUCUACACGGGGCUUCUACCUCAACCAAUCUACUACCUAUACCUUCAAUCCUAAACCAGCCAAUCCCAGCUUCCUGAGCCAUUCUCUGGUGGAGCUAUUGAGCCAGAUCAGCCCUGCCUUCAAGAAGAACUUCACUGCCCUGCAAAAGACACGGGUUCAGAAACACCCGUUUGAGAGGAUAGCCACACCUUUCCAGGUGUACAGCUGGGACGGCUCCAAAGUAGACCACGCCAUGGACUGUGUGCGAGCUGAGGACGCCUACACCUCGCGCUUGGGUUAUGAGGAGCAUAUACCUGGACAGACAAGAGAUUGGAACGAGGAGCUGCAGACUACCAGAGAGCUUCCCCGGAAGAACCUGCCUGAACGCCUGCUGAGGGAGCGGGCCAUAUUCAAGGUCCAUAGUGACUUUGCAGCAGCUGCCACUCGAGGCUCCAUGGCAGUCAUUGAUGGGAACGUAAUGGCCAUCAACCCUUGGCGAGGAAACGCGCAUGCAGAUGGUUUAUCUGGAAACAACAUCUUCUUCAGCCUGGGCUUCGAUGUGCGGGAUCACUAUCGUGAGCUGGGUGGAGAUGCUGCCGCCCAUGCUGCGCCCACCAAUGACUUGAAUGGAGUACGUGCUUACGGGGCUGUGGACGUGGAGGGUCUGUACACUCUGGGGACGGUAGUGGUGGACUACAGAGGCUACCGUGUCACCGCCCAGUCCAUCAUCCCUGGUAUCCUGGAGCGUGAACAGGAGCAGAGCGUCAUCUACGGCUCCAUUGACUUUGGAAAGACGGUUGUGUCUCACAGCAAAUACCUGGAGCUUCUGGAGAAGACCAGCAGGCCACUCAAGGUCCAGAGGCACAACGUGCUGAACGAGAAAAAUGAGAGCGUGGAGCUGUGCUCUUCUGUCGAGUGUAAGGGCAUAAUCGGAAAUGAUGGCAGACACUAUAUCCUGGACCUUCUUCGUACCUUCCCUCCUGACCUCAACUUCCUGCCUGUGGAUGGAGAGGAGCUGUCUCCAGAGAGCCAACGCCAAGGCUUCCCCCGCCAGCACCGCCACCGCCUGGCUUGUCUACGCCAAGAGCUCAUCGAGGCCUUUGUUGAGCACAGAUAUCUUCUCUUCAUGAAGAUGGCGGCAUUACAGCUCAUGCAACAGAAGGCAAACAAGGACGCUAAGGCUGAUAUACCUGCCAUCACAGAGACCGCUGACCCCUCAGAAAGCAAUGCUGACACAACCCAGACACAAACCACUGCAUCAGAUUCUUCCAGUGCAACAGAGGUCUCCACCGAGAGCAACACCUCUUCACAGGCAGCGACUGCCAGUGAAGAAAACUCCUUGAGGCCCGCCACAAAUGGGCUCCUAGAACCCGCAGCUACUCUAAACGGGGAAUGCAAGAGCCCACUGGAGGGUAAGGAGCUUUUGGAAAGUAUUCCAGGAUUAGCUCAGGCCAAAGAGCUGGCAGGGACCUUAGUUGCCGAAGAUGGAUCUUGUAUUGAUCCCAAAAGCCGUGAGGUUGUCCUCAAUGCCUGCAAAGCAGUUGGCUCCAUCAGCAACACAUCCUUUGACAUUCGCUUCAACCCUGACAUCUUCUCCCCAGGAGUACGUUUCCCAGAUGAUAGCAAAGAUGAAAUCCAGAAGCAGAAGCAGCUUCUCAAAGAUGCUGCUGCCUUCCUGGUGUCCUGUCAGAUCCCAUCACUGGUUAAAGACUGUUUGGACCACAGCGCUCUGCCCAUGGAUGGAGCUACACUGACCGAGGCCUUGCGACAGAGAGGCAUCAAUAUUCGCUAUCUAGGCACUGUUCUGGAGUUUGUGGACAAGACCCCGGCCAAAGCCCAGCUGGAGCACUUCUAUAGAAUAGGAAUCAGUGAGCUGAUCACCAGAUGUGCAAAACACAUCUUCAAGACAUACCUCCAGGGUGUGGAGUUGUCUGCUCUUUCUGCUGCUGUAAGCCAUUUCCUGAACUGCUUACUGAGCUCCUUCCCCGACGCUGUCGCCCACCUGCCUCCUGAUGAGCUGGUGUCCCGCCGUAAAAGCCGCAAACGUCGCAACAGGGUCCCCGGCAGUGGUGACAACACGGCAUGGGCCAGCCUGACACCCAGUGAGCUGUGGAAGAACAUUGCCUCUGAGGCCAAGAGCUACUAUCACUUCACCAUACAGUGUGAAAGUGUGGACCAGGUGGUGGAGAAAUACGGCUUCCAGAAAACCACUCUGCUCAGAGAGAUUUCAGUCAAAACUGGCAUCCAGAUUCUGUUAAAGGAGUAUAACUUCGACAGCCGCCACAAGCCUGCCUUCACAGAGGAGGACAUCCUGAAUAUCUUCCCUGUUGUGAAGCAUGUGAACCCCAAAGCCUCCGAUGCCUUCCACUUCUUCCAGAGUGGACAGGCCAAAGUGCAGCAAGGUUUUCUGAAGGAGGGCUGUGAGCUGAUCAAUGAGGCUCUUAACCUCUUUAACAAUGUGUACGGAGCCAUGCAUGUAGAGAUCUGUGCAUGCCUUCGCCUGCUGGCACGCCUUAAUUAUAUCAUGGGAGACCACCCUGAGGCUCUCAGCAACCAGCAAAAGGCUGUUCUGAUGAGUGAAAGAGUUCUCGGGAUCGAGCACCCCAACACAAUUCAAGAAUAUAUGCACUUGGCUCUGUACUGCUUUGCCAACGGUCAGCUGUCGACCGCCCUGAGGCUGCUAUAUCGUGCCCGUUACCUCAUGUUGAUGGUUUCUGGGGAGGACCACCCAGAGAUGGCACUGCUAGACAGUAACAUUGGGCUGGUGCUACAUGGAGUGAUGGAGUACGAUUUAUCGCUGAGAUUCCUGGAGAAAGCCUUGGCUAUCAACACAAAGUACCAUGGACCCCGGUCCCUUAAAGUGGCCCUCAGUCAUCAUUUGGUUGCGAGAGUUUACGAGAGCAAGGCAGAGUUCCGCUCUGCGCUGCAGCAUGAGAAGGAGGGUUACACCAUUUACAAGAACCAGAUGGGUGAGGCACAUGAGAAGACCAAGGAGAGCUCAGAGUUCCUGAAGUAUCUCACCCAACAGGCUGUGGCUCUGCAGAGAACCAUGAAUGAGAUCUACAAGAACGGCUCCAACGCCAGCAUCACGCCCCUCAAGUUCACUGCUCCCAGCAUGGCCAGUGUGUUGGAACAGCUCAACAUUAUCAAUGGCAUCAUCUUUAUACCACUCAGCCAAAAGGAUCUGGAGAACCUGAAAGCAGAGGUUCAGAGGCGGCAGCAGCUGCAGGAGCUGGGAAAGAGCGAGGAGCCCACUGAGGAGCGGCCACUGGAACUAGAGGACAGAAUUCCCAUUGAUUAAUGUAUACAAGCCCUAACACAGCUACUUUCUGCUAUGGGGGGCAGGGAGAGGCCGUGACGCAAUGUCACCGAGCCUGUGGACACGAGAACCGAGUGGUCUAAAUCAGCAUUGAUAUAAACGGGGAGGGAUGGGUCAGGGCAGUCCAGACAACAAACUGCAUCAACUGUAGGACAGAGGAUACAGAGCAGGAAUUUCCUAUGAGGUAGGGAGGGAGGGAGUAGAAAGUACAAACAUAGAAUCGAUGUAACGUGCAAUCUGAAAAAAUCCCCUGCCCAAGAACGUGGUGACAUCACUCAAGGUGUUAGCUUCCAAGAAAUAUGUUUGCACAUGAAAGAAUGGUUGCAGCCGGGGGAGUGAGACCAAGGAUGACCAUGACAUUGUAUACCAGAGCCUUAUCCAUUGUAUCAUAUUCCCCCCCAAAUAAUGUUUCUUCUCAGCUCAAACUUCCCACAGCACUGUUGGCCCAGGACCAUAUUUUGCCCGCCAUUCCCGAAAGAGGCUCAAAGACCCCUGGGCAUGUAGCCCCCCUCCAACGGUGCUCUAAAUGAUAAAGCACCUGCCCUGUCAUAGACCUCGUGGGUACUUUCUACUGUGCACUAAGACCAGAAUAAAGUCACUAAAUGUAAGAUUUCCCAAGAGCUUAAGAAUGUAAAUUCCGUUCUUCGUGGCUUCUUUGAGCCCCUUUGCAGCAGACACCCAUCACUUGCACGUCCCUGAUGGUGCAUACAUUUCGUUCUAUCCUUUUGUAGCGACGACAUCCCAAGUGGGUGCCUGCUGUGUCCUAUGGUUCCUGUUUCUCCACGCAAGCCACACAAGCCACACAAUACAUUGACACAUUAGUGAGCAUUCAACAGGUUUGAUUUCAUUUUCUGGGAUUUCUUUUUUUAGUAAAUAAAAUGGAGUUUGUAAAAGUGCACAGGAGAAGUAUGGAAGUGUUUUAGACCUGUUUAUCAUCAAUUAAUUUAAGCCAUGUCUGUUUUAUAGAAUAUGUAUAGAAGUGGGGGGGGGGAAAUAUGUAUAAAUCUAUCGGAUUUAGACAGGUAAUUGAUUGAUUUGAAACGUCCACCUUUAAGCAGUAACUGUAUCUAUCUAUAUACUAGCUGUGUUCAAUCUUCUAUUUUUACACAUUGAAAGAAUAUGUGCAUGUAUGUUUGUGUGUGUGUGUGUGACUGUCUUUGUGUAGUCCAACAGAAAAUCUAUUGGCCAGGGCUGUUGCUGCUUUUGCUGCUGCAUAGUUUGAAUAGAGGCUAAGUGAACAUUGGCUUUCCAAAUGUUUUAUUUUUCUACGCAUUGUAAACCUGUUGGAUGGCUGAUGCCUCUUUUCUUAACACAUUCAUGGCCACCAAUGUUGUAAAUCUGUUUAUGUUUGAAUUGGUACAUAAAUUAACCUCUUCUCAUCACUGGACAGGUGCUCAGCAUUGGCAGUAGUGACUUGAUUUAUUUUUGUUUUUCCAUUAUUGGGUCAGCUUUUCAUGUGUAACAAAGAGAUACAAAAAAGAGAAUAGCCAGCAGUGUCUGUUCAUUGAGCAGUAUUUAGUGCACUUUCUCAUGCUGUUUGGAUGUGUGAUGAUGGCCACAGCACCACCAAAAGUGGACGAAAGAAGCACUGCUUCAAUGUGAUGUACCAAAAAGAGGUUUGUUUGUUUUGUUUGUUUGUUUGUUUGCGCUUGUAUACAUGCAAUGUAUUCCUCCCAUGGCAAUUUGUUACUUACUUGUUGCUGUGUCUAAAUGUAUGUGAUUAAAGCAAUAGAGAGAUGGUGCUGGAACUUUUACUUGGCACAAAAUGUGUAAGAUUGACUACUUGCUGUACGGGUCGAAGUACCUGAAAUUAAGGGAGCUGUAUAAAAACUAAACAAAGGG